AUGGCGUCGAUUGCAAUGUUAAAUCCUAAGGCAGAGUUCGUAAAGGGGUUGAAUGCUUUUCGUAUCAAUGCUACGGCUGCCCGUGGUCUCUUUGAAGUGCUGAGAACAAAUCUAGGCCCGAAAGGCACUAUGAAAAUGCUCGUUUCCGGCGCUGGUGAUAUUAAAAUCACGAAGGAUGGAAAUGUUCUCCUCCAUGAGAUGCAAAUUCAACACCCUACUGCUAGCUUAAUUGCUCGCGUCGCCACCGCCCAGGACGAUGUCACGGGGGAUGGCACUACAUCCGUUGUUCUUCUUAUAGCAGAACUUUUGAGACAAGCUGAGCUUCUUAUCAGUGAAGGCCUUCAUCCCAGGCUCGUCACUGAGGGUUUUGAUCUUGCUAGGGAGAAGUGUCUCGAAGUGUUAGACGAAUGCAAAAUUGAGAUUUCACCUGAGAUGCCUGAACGAGACACACUCCUUGCUGUCGCUGGAACCUCUCUACGUACCAAGCUCCACGCUGACUUGGCAAAUCACUUAGUGGAACCCGUUGUGGACGCUGUUCUAUGUAUAAAGAGACCAAAUGAGGACUUGGAUCUUCACCGUAUCGAAAUAAUGGAAAUGCGUCACAAAACCGAUAUGGAUACCACGCUUGUUAGAGGUCUGGUGAUGGAUCACGGUGGGCGGCACCCUGACAUGCCGAAGCGCGUUAAAAAUGCGUAUAUCCUCACAUGUAAUGUCUCAUUGGAAUAUGAAAAGACCGAAAUCAAUUCUGGAUUCUUUUAUAAGACUGCAGAAGAAAGGGACAAGCUUGUUAAGGCUGAACGUGAAUUUAUCGAUAAACGUGUCCAGGCUAUUAUUGACCUCAAACGCAAAAUGUGCGACGAAGCCGCCGGCCAGGGUGACUCUAAACCCGGGUUUGUUGUGGUGAACCAAAAAGGCAUUGACCCAAUGUCCCUUGAUGCUCUUGCCCGUGAAGGUAUCUUGGCUCUUCGUCGCGCCAAAAGACGUAACAUGGAGCGUUUGGCUUUGGCUUGCGGUGGCUACGCGCUCAACUCCUUAACUGAUAUCACCCCUGACUGUUUGGGUCACGCAGGUCUCGUUUAUGAGUAUAUUCUCGGCGAAGAUAAAUUCACAUUUGUCGAGGAAUGCCGUAACCCGCUCUCGGUAACUAUUCUCAUCAAGGGACCCAAUAAAUACACCAUCACUCAGAUCAAGGAUGCCGUCAAGGACGGUCUGCGCUCCGUGAAGAACACUCUGGAAGACGGCUGUGUUGUUCCUGGAGCUGGAGCUUUCGAACUUGUUGCCCACCGAGCACUAAAGAAGUUCGAAGAAACUGUUAAGGGUCGACCGCGUCUUGGUGUUCGGGCCUUUGCUGAUGCGUUGCUAGUUAUACCCAAGGUUCUUGCCACGAACUCCGGCCAUGAUUCGCAGGACACGAUCGUGAAACUGCUCGAAGAAGCGGCUCUUGUGGAAAAACGCAAGGGCAACACAAAGCAAUUGGUCGGCAUCGACCUGGCCACAGGUGAAGUUAUGGAGCCCGCUGCGUCAGGUAUCCUCGACAACUACUGCGUCAAAAAGCAAAUGAUUGGCUCCGCUGCUGUUAUCGCGUCUAACCUCCUGCUUGUUGACGAGAUCAUGCGCGCCGGUCUGAGCUCACUUAAGGGUUAA